CCACUACGAGCACCCAGGGCGGGAGGAGGGGCUUCGAACACCCUACCUGUGCGCCACGAUUUGAUUUUGCAAUGCAGGCAUCUUGGAGAGGCUGCUUCUCUCCAGUGACAGCUCUUUCCUCCUCUUAGCGUCCAGAAUUUGAGUCCCCUCAAGUCCUCCGACAGGCUGGGGCACAAACUCUUGGCAUAUCUCGUCCAGGCUAUGGGCCAGCUUUCGGAAAGAAACUAAGAAGUUGUUCUGGGGUGGGACUCUGGGCCAGGAAGUGCUUGUGAAACGGCCCCUGUCCGGAGGGGUUGCCCCUGCCCCGCGUCCUUUCUAGCUGUGAGGCGCAAUUGCGGCUCGCUCUUCAGUACCUGACGGACUCCUCAGCAUGGCUUCAGAGAUCCACGGAGGACCUCGGUCCCGCCAGUUGCAGGCUGCGCGCUCCCUCCCAGGGCCUCCUCACUGCCUGAAGCAUUUUCCUGUUGAUCUGCGCACCUCCAUGGAUGGCAAAUACAAAGAGAUUGCCGAGGAGCUGUUCUGCCGUUCAUUGGCUGAAAGUGAAAUGCGCAGUGCCCCCUAUGAAUUCCCAGAAGACAGCCCUAUUGAACAGCUGGAGGAGAGGCGCCAGCGGUUGGAGCGGCAAAUCAGCCAAGAUGUGAAACUAGAACCCGACAUUUUACUCAGAGCCAAACAGGACUUCCUGAAAAUUGACAGUGCUGCUGACUUACAAUUGUUUAAGGAGCAGAGUGAAGACCUGGUGGACCAUCUCCCCAAAGAACGAGAUGUGCUUCUAGAGAGAGAGUUCCAAAGGGUUGCCAUCUCUGGAGAAGAGACGUGUGGGGUACCCUUCACAGACCUGCUGGAUGCUGCCAAGAGUGUGGUGAAAGCAUUGUUCAUUCGGGAGAAGUAUAUGGGGCUUUCUCUGCAAAGCGUCUGCAAGACCACAGCCCGGUUCCUACAGGACCUUUCAGAAAAGCCCUUGGCCCCAAGGAUGUAUGAAGAGAUUCCUGAGACUCCUGUGGCUGCAGAUGCUCCAGUGCACCCACCAUUUACGAACCAGCAUCCUUAUGAGAAGUGUGACCCUGAAUCAAUGCCUGGAGACCUUGGUUUUGGCCUCAAGAUGGUCCAUGGAGUAGUUCAUGUGUACACCAAGCAGGACAUCACUGACAAGACCACAGAACUAGACUUGCCUUACCCUGACCUGCAGGAGUUCAUUGCUGACAUGAAUGUCUUAAUGGCUCUGAUAAUCAAUGGUCCCAUAAAAUCCUUCUGCUACAGACGCUUGCAGUACUUGAGUUCAAAGUUCCAAAUGCAUGUCCUGCUCAAUGAGAUGAAAGAGCUGGCAGCCCAGAAGAGGGUUCCACAUCGUGACUUCUACAAUAUCCGGAAGGUGGACACGCACAUCCAUGCAUCAUCCUGCAUGAACCAGAAGCAUUUGUUGCGUUUCAUCAAGCGGGCUAUGAAAAAGCACCUGGAAGAAAUCGUCCAUGUAGAGAAGGGCAAGGAGCAAACUCUUAAGGAGGUCUUUGAGACCAUGAACCUCACAGCAUACGAUCUCAGCGUAGACACUCUUGAUGUCCAUGCGGAUCGUAACACCUUCCAUCGCUUUGACAAGUUCAAUGCCAAGUACAAUCCCAUCGGCGAGUCUGUCCUGCGAGAGAUUUUCAUCAAGACAGACAACAAAGUCUCUGGAAAAUACUUCGCCCAUAUCAUCAAGGAGGUGAUGUAUGAUCUGGAAGAGAGCAAGUAUCAGAAUGCAGAACUGCGGCUCUCCAUCUACGGCCGAGCCCGUGACGAGUGGGACAAGUUGGCCAAGUGGGCUGUGACUCACAAGGUGCACUCCAACAACGUGCGCUGGCUGGUGCAGGUGCCUCGCCUCUUUGAUGUGUACAAGACAAAGAAGCAGCUGGCCAACUUCCAGGAGAUGCUAGAGAACAUUUUCUUACCCCUCUUCGAAGCUACAAUCCAUCCUGCCAGCCACCCAGCAUUGCACCUCUUCUUGGAGCAUGUGGAUGGAUUUGACAGUGUGGAUGAUGAAUCCAAGCCAGAGCACCACAUCUUCAACUUGGACAGCCCUUUGCCUGGGAACUGGGUGGAAGAGGACAACCCACCUUAUUCCUACUACCUUUACUACACAUAUGCCAAUAUGGCGGUUCUGAAUCACCUGCGCAGGAAGAGAGGCUUCCACACCUUCGUGCUGCGCCCCCACUGUGGGGAGGCAGGACCAAUCCAUCACCUAGUAUCGGGUUUCAUGCUAUCGGAGAACAUAUCGCAUGGCCUUCUGCUCCGCAAGGCGCCUGUGCUGCAGUACCUCUACUACUUGGCCCAGAUUGGCAUUGCCAUGUCCCCACUCAGCAAUAACAGCCUGUUCUUAAGCUACCAUCGAAACCCUCUGCCAGAGUAUCUCUCUCGGGGUCUCAUGGUCUCCCUGUCCACCGAUGAUCCACUGCAGUUCCACUUCACUAAGGAGCCCUUAAUGGAAGAGUACAGCAUUGCAACACAGGUUUGGAAGCUCAGCUCUUGUGACAUGUGCGAACUUGCACGCAACAGUGUGCUCAUGAGUGGCUUCUCCCACAAGGUAAAGAGCUACUGGCUCGGACCCAACUACCUGAAGGAGGGGCCUGAGGGUAACGACAUCCGGCGCACCAAUGUGCCAGACAUCCGGGUGGCCUACCGCUACGAGACACUUUCCCAGGAGCUGACCCUCAUCACACAGGCUGUGCAGACAGAGGAACUGGAGACUAUCCAGGAGGAAGACCUUCUGACCAUGAGCUCCAGCCUGGAUGCUCGCUGAAGAAUGGCUGGUUCACAAUCUCCCAUUCAGCCCCGUCUUGGCCUGGCAAGGUGGGGCUGUCCUACAAACACGAAGAGACCCUGGCCAACCCCAUGGACCUUUUUAAUUUGUGUUUUUAUUUUUAAGUGUACUAUUACUUUCUUUUUCUCCUGGAAAAACGUUAAUGUUUUGUUUGCACUUGGUAACCUGCUGGGGCAUUUGGCGGGGGGAGGGAUGGUUAGAAAUUUCCAUUUGGUCUAGAAAGGUGAAAGAGCAUCCUGCAGAUGUUGGUGAUCCUGUUUUUGAGCAGAGGCCAGGGAGCUGGGAAUGAGCACGCAGCAGGGAGCUGCUGAGUAAAUUUUGGAGGCCCUAGCACCUGACGACACUUGCAGAGAGGCAAAACAAAGCACCAGCAAUGUAAGCGUGUGUCCCAGGUGUAUUCGGGGUUCUCUGUGUGUGUGUGUUUGUGUGGCCCUGCCAGGGAAUAAAGCAGAGUGGUGGUGUGUUCUACCUCCCAUUUUUGUUUCCAUGCUCUGUCCUCUAUAAGGCCGUUGGUAGUUGCACUUUCUCAUUGGCUGGUAAAACAUCUGUUUUGGUUAAGUUGGCCUGCCUCUUCUUAUUGGAAUGGCAUGUUGCAACAGCUCCUGCAAUGCAACAGCCUCCAGCUUUUCAGUGUUAGGGUCUGGUGUAAAGUGUACCCACGAGACGAGUUCUUUCCCUUCAAAGCCCUGAAACUUUAGUCUCUUUAGCUCGGGGAAAGCAUCAGCUCUUGAACUCCUGCCUUAGGAGGUGAAUUACUGUGAAUGCGUGACUGGGGAAGAGGGGACCUUCAAGUCUAGUCCAGCAUAAUAACAAGACGUCAGCGUGCCAGGUAACUGGCACUUUUAACUUUUGUGUAUCCCCCUGUCCCUCUCUACAAUUAUGUAACAAAAGAUUGGGUUAGGUAUCUUUAUAAAAUGUAACAAGAGGAGGUUGAAGAUGGUUCUGGCACUGGAAGACUAUGGCUAUUCCCUGGGGGAAAGCCUUGGAGCCAAAAUACUUAUCCAUCAUGGAGGGCGGUAAUGACCUUUGCCCUUAGGGUCAAAAUGGAUGUGACACAGGAGAUACACGAUCAGCAAUCCUGACUGUUCUUUUCUUUGUUUUUGAAUUUUUUUUUAAAGUAGCUGCUUUUGAUUGGAUCAGUGGCAUUGAGAGUGAUAUGUUACUCCAUUUACCUGAUCUAAACUGCCCCCCCAACCUCCUCUUAAUCCAGGAGCUGGGGGAAAAACAGGUAUCUGUAUCAUGCUUGCAUUUUCUUUUUAAUUUCUGCUGUGAGGCUAGUAGCAGUUUAGGGAUUAGAGGUGCAAGUGAAGUGUGUGUUUUGUGUGCGCGGGCAUAUAGAUAUAGAUUUAUGCAUGUAUGUGUGCGUGCGUGCUUACACACAUGCACACACCUGCUGCUGCUCAAGCUCUGGCUGCUCUCCCUGGAGCUGUUUUAAAGUAGUGUUGCUAUUUUUUUAAGUUGAGAAGUUAUUCCCACAUCUGGUUUCGGCCACUAUUCUAGUGCCUGAUACGUGUGCCUGUGGGGUAGCUGCUCAUAAUCAACCCCAUUUCUCAAAGAGAAGUUGCUUCUCAAUUAGCUGGGCCUGGGAAGAGCUAUUAGUUCCCAGUACACAUUGCCGUGCUUGCAUACCAUGUAGGCAGCCUCCUUUUGCCCUCUUGCAGUGGGUUGAGGAGAACAGCUUCUUGCAUAAUGUGUAUACAUGUCAAGAUCUUCUUUCUACAUUUAGCAAGAGGAAAAGGCAUAGAAAUAGUUUGGCUUUCUCAUCAGCAAAGUUACGGCUGUUCUGGGAACAGACUGAAGGCUCCUAGUGGGAGGCAGGUAAUGAAUCUCAGUGAGACAACAAGCGUAACUUCUGCCUUCUUCUGAAGCCAUGUGACUCAAAAUGGAAGCGCAUAAGAAGACACAGAAGGACAUGGAUCCAUGCCUUUCCCAGCACUACAUCUUGAGUCCUGCACAGUGAAAGAGUUCGAAAGGGUACCUUCCACAGGUUCCUGACCACCAGGUGGUUCACCAUCAUACAGCUUCUGAAGCUUACCUGUAAGCAGCCCACUAUACUUGACAUAUUGGGCCUCUGUUGCCUUCUUAGCAGUCUGUGGGCAACUAGUCACGGCAGGGAAUUCCUUGUGAGUAUAACUGCUUGGAGUAAGAAACCAGCUUCAGACAGUCCUCACUCCCUUUAGACUCUUAGGUAAAGCUUGCAUGCUCACUGAAAAAGAUGUAUGAGUGGCAAGUCAGUUCCCCAGUGCUGCCUCCCACUUGCUGCCCAGGCACUUUUGACCUUGUAGUUGCGAGCAGUUGCGAUUUGGUGGAAAAUGCAUUUGCUAAACAUGAGAUGAGCAGCAGCAACAGAUAAUGAAGAAUUCUUCUAAGGCAGGCAGGGACCUUGUGGAGCCCUCCCUCUAGGCUGCUGUGGACCAAAAUCUGAAACUCCAUAUUGUAGCCAGUGCCUUGCUUAGAGUAGUGCAUGAAGUGUACAAAGACUGGGUCGUUUUCCCCUUGUAGGUUUACUUCUGAAAUGGGCACUUGCUCUAAGUUGUGUCAUUAUUUGUGUGCGUAGGGGAGAGAGAGAGAUCAAUCUUAAAGGGUCAACAUGUUUUAUUUGUAUGUCUGGCAUCUCACCUCCAUGGCUGGGAAGGGGGAAUCUUUUUUUCUUCCCAAUCUCUAUGCUUUUUUGGGUGGGGGGUAACAAGAGAGACUGCAGUGGAGGUGUCUUGCCUUGUUUUAGCUUGCCUUGCUGACCAGAAUUGCAAAGUUUUGGCUCAAAGCAGGGUUAUUUGUGAAGAUACGGAAUAUAUCAACUUGAUCCAGGGAGUAGAAUGUAAUGUGGUUUAUGUCAAGAGGGUUCUCCCCUCCCUCCUCCCUUGCCACAACCUUGCUUUGCUGCUGCUUCGUACCUAGUGGGCACACACCAUGUUAGUUUUUGCUUUGUUGUCAGCUGGAGGUGAAACCUGUAUCCCCUGGCAAUCAUUGCAUCCUCCUAUCACACUCUCACUUUCUGUGUAGUUUGGAUGAACUCUCUGCCUGUCGUUGCUGAAAUGUGAUGCUAGAAAUCCUACCAAACAUGAGCAUGAUCCAUCAUUAAAUAUUAUUUAAGUAAA